UUCACCUCCACCUAGACGGUGAAAUGACCCUGGUGGAUAUGAUUUUGCACUAUGAGAACGCCGUUGUACGUAUCCGUGAGAAUGAGGCACGAGAUGAUUGCACGGCCUCACAGAGUUUACCGGUGCCAGUUACUAGCUCGAGGGAACUUGAGAUAGCUGCUUCUCACGUCUUCACUCCAGCAAACUUCUAUAUGUUGCAAGCUGAUCUUAGGAAAAUUGGUGGCAUGGAGAUUGUAGAAAUAAAGCUCGGAGACGGAUCACAGCAGUACAUCGUGGCCUGGAAGAAUAACCGGAAGAGCCGUUUUUGGGUGGAGUACACUCCAGUAAAUUCCGCAGAAACUAUAAGGUGCAGCUGCAGAAGAAUGAUUCGAAAGGGUCUACCUUGCAAGCACAUAUUCCAUGUACUGAAGUACUUGAAUAUAUCUGAAAUACCAAAGUGUUUAGUUCUUGUGCGGUUCAUGAAAGACGCAAGGUUGGGACUGCCCGCCAGGCGCACAAGCGAUCUGUUGGGAUUUGGAUGGACUGGAGCAGCUGAAAGAAUGAAAUAUAGCCAGGUCAGUGUGUUGGCUUCAGAAGCUAUGCAUGCAGCAUGCAAACACCCAACUUUGUGGGAUCAGUUACAGGAGAGUUUGAAGGCCGUGAUAGCUAAGAGCCAUGAGUAUGAUCAGCUAAAGGAAAAUUUGAGUAAGAAAACGGCUGAUCUUAGUACUUGUGCAAUUGAAUAUGUAGAUGAUGGUGAAGGCAACAUAGUUGAAGUUCAUGAUCCUAUUAAAGUAUCAACGAAAGGUGCAACUAAGGUAGAUGAGAACCGCCCUAUGUCGAAAAAUGGUAGGCCACUUUCGUACGACGAGAUCAGAAUCAGGUGCGGCGCAUGCAAAUUGCUAGGGCACACUAAACGCAGCAAGAAAUGCAAACUAAAUAAGAAAAGCGUGGUGGGCGAAGAAGAGUAGAACAGUUGCUAAAGUUAUGUUAGGAUGAAUCCAGUGAUCUAAUAGUGAGGUGUUUACAAUGUGUUAUUGCAUACAUGAUACAUGAUAUAUACUAUUGCAAGAGGCCAGUACCUUGAGAUAGUGCUUGUAGCAUAUAUGGACUAAACAGGAGGCGGUCACUAGGGACUUUAAUCAUGGAAAAUGGAUAGCAUUUUAGCCAUUGUAAUGAUGGCAUCUUUUGUGU